AUGGGAGAAGAAGGUGAAAAGUACAAGAGAAAGCAGGAAAUGCAAGCAGAAGCCCGAGCAACUGGAGACCAGGGCUACUUGAUGGUUGAGUUUGGCGACUUCCAGGGCCGGUCCAUGAAGGAGGUUUAUGAGGACGGGAGCAAGGAGGCCCAAGCCCUUAUCAAGUAUCUGGUGACAGCACAUGCCAGGCCCAACACCAACAUGGCAAUUUUCAAGGCAUACGUCAUAAAAAGACGGGCAUCAUCUCGUGCUACUGCCCCUCCUGCUGCACCUUCGCUUGCCACUGCAACUCCAUCCUUCAGUGCAACUACACCCACCCGUGCCACUACCCCUUCUGCCACCCAGAUCCGAACCGGCAUCCAGCAGACUGCUGCUGUGAAGGCACUCUUAGGACUUGGCAAAAAUAUCCCUACUUCCCAGCUCGUCAAAAAACUCACAUCACCAGCUAAGCACCAGGAGGAGGAGAACCUCCAGCCAAAAAUUUGGGCCGAAGGCAGCUUUUUACUGCUGCCUAAUUUUGAGCCUCAUUUCUUUAAUCUUUACCAUUUGAUCCUCUUUCUGUUCUCCACUGUCAUUUGUGUCAUUUAUGCUAUAGCAGCUGGAAGAGUCAUUCUUCUGUUUGUUCCUGUUCCCUCAGAGGCCUGUCCUGGUCCCUCUCCAUCUGUGGCAGCAGCAAAGUCAGCGCUGGAGCUUCCAGUCCACUGGAAAGAACAACUGCCACGCUUCCAGCACGAGUGGAUUGCAAAGACGCUUUUCAAAGCCAACCCACGAACCGGCAAGGCAGAACUUGUGUCUCAGCUAAAGCUUUGGUGGCAUCCUCCUCAGCCCGCUCUGGUUCAUACUCAGCCUCCCGCCUCACCAGACAUCUUCUUCUGCCGGCCCCUGUUCCUGUGGAUGCCACAAAAAAUGUGGUCAUUUCUUUUUGUCUGCGGUCGUCCACAAUGUGGUCAGCACAGACUUACGGCGGCUGGAAUUUACAGGACUGUUCGUAAAGUCCUGGACAUUGAUGGGUGGUAUGACCUCGCCACGGAGUAUCUGGAAUGUAAACGCUGCAAGAGAAAAUACCCAUCCUGGUCAGAGGACAUUUUGGGGCAGAUGGACAUGGGUCAUCGCAGCCAUUUCCCAGCUCUGCUGACAUACAGGUACUCAUGUGACAAGCGGGUGCUGAGAAUGAUGAGGGAGAGGACACUGGGCAACAGCGUGACACAACUUUAUAAAAAGUUACUGGAACAGCACAGUGAGGCAUGGACACAGCGCGUCCUACAGUACCUCACAGUGUGUGAACCGUUCACAAGGGCCUCUCUUCAGCGACCAGUGUUUGCUGAGCCCCCCCCCAUGCCGGCCUUGCCUAAGCCUAAGUGGCUGUUAGCUGUUUAUGCAAGGGAUGUUCUGGGGCGGAUCAACGAAGUGAAGGCCAAAAUCACAUCUGUGUUUGGAUGUGUUUUGAAGAUGGACUCCACAAAAAAGGUCACAAAGAAGCUUGCGGGGGCUGCUUCAGGAACAGCUGCCUGGUGCACAAAUGUCGGCAAUGAACAUGGCCAGGUUCUGGUCUCUGUUCUGACAGCCGCUGAAGGACAUGGACUGGACGCCAUGGCGGCUGGCCUGAUGAGGCGCUACAGGGAGGCAGGAGAGGCACCCCCAAAAGUGAUGUACGUGGACAGAGACUGCUGCAGCAGACACGGCCGGUCUCUGGUGAAGACCCUGUUUUCAGAGUGGGAUAAGCUUGAGGUGCGCCUGGACAUCUGGCAUUUCAUGCGGCGAUUCGCUGCAGGUGUCACGACAGAGGCUCAUCCGCUCUACGGGAUCUUCAUGGCACGUCUGUCUGCGUGCAUUUUUGAGUGGGAUCCAGAGGAUGUGGCUGCUCUUCGCUGCGCUAAGGAGGCUGAGCUGGCAGCAAAGAAAAGUGGCCAUGUUUCCAGAAGGACGGUCAGUGCUCAGAUUAGUCGCAGGGAGUUGGCACUCCACUGUCGGAGGAGGACCAGGGGAGUGGAGGAGACUGCAGCAUUAUUAAGAGCACUAAUCCAUCAGUUCGACAGUGCAGAUGGGAAGGACACCCUUGGAGUUCCACUGUUGGACCACGAACGCAUCCAACAGAUUUGGAAGGAACAGCAAAACCACCUGCUGUGCAUCCAAGACCCCGAGAACUUCCCACUCUACAUGAAGACGGGCACACUAAAGAAAGGCGGCGUGGAGCUGUCUUGCUACAGGUGUGCCCGUGGGUCGACCUCCUUGGAGUCCUUCCACCUCCACCUGAACCGUUUUAUACCAGGAACCAGUGCCAGUGACGCGCAUUUCCAGGCAUAUCUCCUUGAGGGCUUGAUGCGCUGGAAUGAUGACCGGAUGGAGGAUGCUGUCAAAGGAAAUUCCUCCUUCCGGUUAUUCGAAACUUCAAUGAGAGAGGCUGUGGACCAACUCAGCCAAGCAGUGCUAGGGAAGCCCUGGGAUGAGCGUUAUCGCCCUCCUGGAGCAUAUACGGGGGAAUUGCUUGGAAUAGAAUACCUGUACAGCCAGACUGGCAAAACAUUUACUGCCAUGCUUCAGACCCCUGAAGAGGAGGACAGGCUGCUGGAGGGAAUCGAUGACCAGGACUUCCAAGACGAGGGGUUUGGGGAAGACAACAUGGAGGACAUCACUGUUCCAGUGUUGGAUGACCCCCCUCUUGAUGUUGUUGCCAGCCUCUUAUCUUCACCUCAGCCUCAACUCUCAGUAUCACCAGGUGGACCUGAAUCUUCUGCUCAUCGUCUUUCCUCUGUGGUGGUGUCACAGCCAACUGAGAGUGAAAGCAGCCCUUCAGACGAGGCAGAGUCUGCUGUUGUAGGACCCGACGGCAUAGCUGGGUGGGACAAAGUCCAGGAUCUGGCCUCUUACUUAGUGGGACUCCGUGAGGCUCCUUACCUCACUGACCCACAAGUUACAGAGGCCAUUCGACUAUGGACAGCUCUCCUGGAUGUGGACAAAAAGCGGGUCAACUACCAGCCUCGGCACCAGCCUCAGCUUUCACACGGCCGCUUUAAGGCACCUAAACGCUCCGGGGUGACACCAGGAGUGGAAAGCGUGAAAAGGUGUCUCAUUGGACAUCCUGGGGGUCCAGCUCAGUGGCCAAGCACCAGCCGAUUGGUUGAGGCUAUUUGCAUUAAGCUUAGCCGUUUGCACAAGACGCCCACCAAGAAGGCUGGAGUUAGCACCCCAAGGUGGUCCAAAAUCCUCACGGAUUACCACCAUAUCCGGGAUUUAGUGCUGAGCAGUCGCAGGCUGAUGGAGGAAACAAUGAUCCAGCUGUUUGAGCUCAAUCAGAGGACACUCAUUCAGUGGUGA